CACUUGUCGCAUGAUGGCUGGUUUUUCAUGAUAAAAUAAAUAAAACUUACUGUUAAUCUUCUGUCACAUUCCUGAAAAUAUUUCGAAAAAAUUGGAUUUGGUUAGGGGGUUAAUGGCACAGUAACAGGAAGCUACAAAGUUACUACCAAAUCCACAUUAGAAAAUCUGCCUCAGAAUUACUUUAAACGUCCAAAGCAUGUGUGAUUUGAAAUGAGACGAUAUGAAAUUUCUUUUGAAUUGUCAGUGUGGUCAAAUUAUUUCUCUGUGGCCCACACAUCCUGGUUCCACAUGAACUCAAAGUAUGAAACGACCUUAUUUAUCAGUGUAUUGUGUUUCAAUAUGUCCUGGUUUGAGACAUCAGCAUGGGUAAGUGAAGGUGUGCUACGCAUGAAUCAGAGGAAUACCUUCCUGGUUCUUCUUUCACACGUUCCCGUUGACCGUCUACUGAAAUCCGGGAACACUAGUGCCGUUGUGACUACAUAUACGCGGUCUUUGUGUGCUCGGGUGUAAUGAUCCAAGCAAACUAGGUGAAGCGAGAGUUACCGAAUAUUCUGGGCAUAUUGAUUGAACUCACAAAAGAGAUUAGUUUUGUAUUGCGAAAACUAUUCAGUUCUUGUCGAAACCGGUUCAAUGACAUGCUUGGCGCAUCUCAUUUCACGGAUUCAACUGGUUUGGAGUGUCGGUGGUAUAUAUGAUGGUUGAUUCUUGGUGGACGUGUAUUCUGACUCUACUGGCUACUGUCAGUCCGGUGGCCCUGCAAACUGAUGGGGGUUUUUCCCAGUGGUCGACGUGGACUCUUCCGUCAUGCGCAGUAACGUGCGGCGCAUUAGCCACGGCCAAGGUGCAGAGAACUCGUGCCUGCAACAACCCUCCUCCCAGCAAUGGCGGAUCGAAUUGCAUAGGACCUUUUGCUGAGACAGCAGUUGUAAAUUGCAACCUUUUAGACUGUCCAGUUUGCGUUCCUGUCAACGGAGGCUUCUCCCAGUGGACGCGUUGGACGAAUCCGUCAUGUCCAGUAACUUGUGGGUCAUCAGCCACGAGGAGAGUACAGAAAACCAGACGAUGUGACAGCCCGCUUCCCAACAAAUGUGGACUUUAUUGCAUUGGGGUUGCAUAUAGAUAUGAGGACAGAAAUUGUCAGCUUCCAGAUUGUCAAGAUGACGUUGGGUUCAAUGAGUGGGGGAGAAUGGACCAGUCCAACCUGUGACGUCACAUGUGGAGCAUCGGCCACCAAGUCCAUCACUAGAGAAAGGACUUGCCUG